GGGUCGGCCAAGCCAGGCGAUCGGGUCCUCGUCUGCUACUAUCAGGACGCGGGCGGGGCGGCGGUGGAAUGGCAUGAGCGGAUCCUGCUAGGCCACAUCAGCGACUCCAAGUGGGUCGUCGUCUCCCGGGACUGGGACAAGGAGGAUUUCGCCGAGGCCGACGACCUGAAGCGGUUCUUGGCCAACGGGCAGGCGCCCGCGACGGUGCGCGCGCUCUCUCGCUACCUGGUCGACCACUACCGCUUCGGCCAGGACAGGCAGUGCUGCGUGGACACGGGGGAGUGGCGCGCGAUGGAGGCUCGUGGCAGUGGGGGGCUUGGUGACCCCCUCACCGCCUCGCUGGGGUCAGUCGAGUUCGAGUCCAACGAUCGCUGUAUCUUCGAGCUGAAGGACGGCGCAGUUUUGAUCGGAGGGCUCGAGGGCACGUUGCCGACGGGCCCCGCUGCGGGGGGCGAGGGCGACUCCCGCAUCCUGUCCGCCAGGCAGGACGCCCAGCAGCGCUAUCGCCGCUCCUUCGCGAGCGCGCUGCAGGACAUGAAGCCCGCCGACUUCGGGAAGAGCUGGGAGAUCGAGGGUCCGCGCUCGACGCAUUUCACGGCUGAGCGGAUCUACGAGGGCAACCACAGCCCGGUGCAACGGCGCUACUGGUGGCGCUCUGUGAUGGGGCUGUCGGCGACGGACGUCGGCGUGGACGAGCACUUGCUGUUGUCCCAGCUCCUGGAGGUCGGCAUGGCGAUCGAUCAGAUGCAGGUCUGCAACCUGGCGACGUUCGAGCUCGUGAGCCGGCGUUAUCAGAUGUGGGAGAGCGCCUACAAGGAUCUGCUGCGAGAGGUGGACACGGGCGGCUCGGGCGGUGACGACUGGCUGAGCGAGCGCUCUCUGUUCUUAGGCGUGAAGAACUUGAGGAGCAGCGCCAUCGUCAUGCCUGAGCUGGAGGACUACGUGGCGAAGGAGCUGGCGGCCCGCGCCGCCGUGCUGAAGGAGCGCCGUAAGGGCUUUCGUGAGGGGUUCAGGGCUGGCAGGUGGUGCCACCCUGAGGCGCUUUCAGCUUCGCAGCAGAUGAGGCAGCGCGACGUUCUGCCGAUCUCCCUGGCGGCCGCCUCGGAGAUCUGUGCUGGGGGUGCCAGCGGGCUGGGCUUGUCCCAGAGCCAGCGGCGGCGGCUUCGACGUCGACGUGCUCAGGGGGGCUGGCUGUUCGAGGACAUCCGCGCCUUGAACGAGCUGGGCGCCCCGGAGCCGCUGGCGACUUCGCCUUCGUCUUUGACUUCUGCUCAGGUCUCGGCCGUUCGACACCUUGCUCGGCAGUGCGGAUCAGUCGUCGCUCCCCCGCCUGACUGCGGGGGCGCCCUGGGAGCGUGGGAGGCGCUCCAGGGUACGCGGCCCGGCUACGCGGAUGACGCGAUGGCCGUCGGUGCUCGGGCGAACUUCGAGCGAGGGAACGUGUCGCUUCCCGCGGGGCUCUCUGGGCGAGUUGCGCUGAGUGAGUGCCUGCCGCCCGCCCUGCAGUCUGCGCUUGAAGAUCGGUCAAUCCUAUUUUCUGAGGACGAG